UCGUUACCCCAAAGCCCAAAGCCCAAUUUCUCUUUCUUCUUCUUCCCUUCGUUUCCUCUGUAGAACUUUCUUUUCAUUUGCUUUUGAUCAAUUCCUGCCCAGAGCUUGAAGGGACGAUGCGAGAGCUUCAGCUGUGAACUCGUAUGAAAACUCCUCCAAUUACGUUAAUGGCAUGGAAAGCCCAAAGUGACACUCAGGAAACUUGCUGGAUCAGAAGGGAAGGGGACAUGGUUGAUGUGCAAGAGCUAUUUGGAUACAUUGGCCUCUUCAAUCUUUAUGAUUUUCAAAUGGAGAGGACUCAUAAUAGCACAUGCUCUUGGGUAUUAUCUUAUUUUCCUGAAGUCCCAUCUCUCACAGCAGUGCUUUCUGAUGCAGGGUGGCCGCGGAAUGCCAUGGGACUGAAUCUUCUGUUGAGUUUGCAGACUCGCAAUCUGUUGGGAAGUUGUGCUGCUAAAUGCUUUGUGAGGGAGGAUUCUUCUUUCGGAUUAUUUUUGGCAUGUAAUAUACCUGCACAAUAUUUUUGUGGAAAAUUUUAUGUAAAAUUACCAAGUAGGGACCAUUUGAUGUUCCUUUUCGAACGGAUGGAGAUUCCCAAAACUAUGUUGUGUUUUGGAGAAAAUAAAACUUCUUCUCAGAGGUGUGGACAAGUGCAGAAUUAUAUGGAAGCGGCGGUUUUUAUUGUCGUCGCUAAUAAGUGCACAAAGGACUUUUUCAACGCUUAGCGGCGGAAAAAAGCUUACUAAUACCACUUACAUGAUCAGGAACCCAAUCGUCACAGCAUAUGUAAAUCUGUCAUCUUAGAUAAGACUGCCUACUUUCUACUAAUUGAAUUGUUUCUCCUCCUG